UGUUUGAGAUCCUGAGUUUCAGGAGCUUCUUACUGGUGGAAGGUUAUUAAAUUCCCAGCACAGACUGGAAACUCUGAUCACUCAGGGCAUCUCUCAGCACAAGAGCUCACUGCAAGCAGUGUAGGGUCUCUUUUGGGUCACCGGUUCAGCCCAGCCAGCUUGAUCUCAGUGUGUGGAGCGACAGCAUGACCAAAAGCACAGGGGAGAAACCGCGGUCGCGCAGCCGCGUCCAGCAGUUCCGGGAGGGAAUCCAGCUGCGCUCCCUAAAGGCCCGGAAGAAAGUUGAGGACAUCAGUAAAGAUGACGUGAAGGGCUUUCUGAGGAGAAAUGCCUUUGUGCUCUUUACCAUUGGAGCGGUGGUGUUUGGAAUUACGCUGGGAUUUGCUCUGAGGUCUUACAAGAUGUCAUACAGAGAAGUGAAGUAUUUCUCCUUUCCUGGUGAGCUGUUGAUGCGGAUGCUGCAGAUGCUUGUGCUUCCUCUUCUAGUCUCAAGUUUGAUAACAGGCAUGGCAGCGCUGGACAGCCGAGCUUCUGGGAAGAUGGGCAUGCGUGCGGUCAUUUACUACAUGACCACCACCUUCAUCGCAGUGUUCAUUGGCAUCAUCAUGGUCCUGAUCAUCCACCCAGGCAAAGGCUCAAAAGAUGAGUUCACCAAACAGCAGAAGAUCGAGCAGGUCAGCCCGGCCGAUGCCUUCCUGGACCUCAUCAGAAACAUGUUUCCUCCUAAUCUGGUUCAAGCCUGCACUCAACAGUUUAAGACUCAGUAUGGCAAGAGGAUCAUCCACGUGAAGAUGAUUGUGAACGAUUCGAUCUUCAACUUGACGAACGCUACGCAGGAGAUCGCUCAGGAGGAGGUGAUUCCUCUGUCGGGCACCACCAACGGCGUCAACGCUCUCGGCCUGGUGGUGUUUUCAAUGUGUUUCGGCCUGAUAAUCGGGAACAUGAAGGAACAGGGACAGGCUCUCCGAGAUUUCUUCGACUCCCUCAAUGAGGCCAUCAUGCGACUUGUUGCUAUUAUUAUGUGGUACGCACCUAUUGGUAUCCUCUUCCUGAUUGCUGGUAAAAUCGUGGAGAUGGAUGACAUCACAGCGAUGGGCGGUCAGCUGGGCAUGUAUACGGUUACGGUGAUCAUCGGCCUCAUGAUACACGGCAUAAUCAUUCUGCCCACUUUAUACUUCGUCAUCACUCGCAAAAACCCCUUCAUCUUCAUCACGGGUUUGCUGCAGGCUCUCAUCACAGCUCUCGGCACCUCGUCCAGCUCUGCCACUCUUCCCAUUACCUUUAAAUGCCUGGAGGAGAAUAAUAAAGUGGACAAACGCGUGACUCGAUUUGUUCUUCCUGUUGGAGCCACCAUCAACAUGGACGGAACAGCUCUGUAUGAAGCCCUGGCAGCCAUCUUUAUCGCCCAGGUGAACAACAUGGAAAUGAACUUCGGGCAGAUCAUAACUAUUAGCAUCACGGCCACUGCUGCAAGUAUCGGAGCGGCUGGAAUUCCACAGGCUGGUCUGGUCACCAUGGUGAUUGUGCUGACUUCAGUUGGACUCCCAACCGAUGACAUCACCCUAAUCAUUGCAGUUGAUUGGUUCCUGGAUCGACUGCGCACAACAACUAAUGUGCUGGGAGAUUCAAUAGGAGCUGGAAUCAUCGAGUUCCUGUCCAAAGAUGAGCUCCAGGGCGGGGAUGUGGAGCUGGGCAGCUCAGUGCUGGAGGAGAACGAGCUGAAGAAACCCUACCAGAAGAUCCCUCAGGAGAACGAAUACGAGAACGAGAAACCUCCAGACAGCGAGACCAAGAUGUAGAGGCUGAUGUUCAACACCCUACCAAGGAUACGUUUUAUUUCUGUUUGUGUUUGUUUGUACAGUGGCCUUUAAGUAUAGAUGAACAAUUGAUUCAAUUGCGUUACACUCUUAAAUAUAAAAGUUCUUGAAGAGGAGCUAGAGACAAUGCCAUAGAUCAAACUUCCAAUAUUUACUUAAAGGGUCAUGAAACACCAACACAUUUUUCGAGAUGUCGAUAUUCAUAUGAAUGUCCCACAUUGCUAAAAACACUAUUAGGACACAUAUAGUUAGCUAACAAGUGAACAUUGGUUGUUUUUGCGUUGUUUCGAGCAAAUUCAUUCUUCUGGUUUGAAAAGAAAUUUUAAAGCACCAUCACGGCUGUGAGAUACUUGUGUAAAUCCCAGCGUGGAAAUUGGCUGUCUGUAUAUACGGGCCGAUACAACGUGACGUCACUGAGUUUUCAGCACAUCUUUUCAUUAAUUCACAGAAAGACUUGGUUCGAACCAAUCAGCGCGCUUUAUUAAGAAUGAGAUAAAACUUCGAAGACCUCUUUUACUUGUUACAUUGUUCAGAGAGACACUAGUUGUGUUGCCAACCGUAAUUCAAACAAGCAGUAGAAGAAUUGUUUUGAGACAUGGGUCGUCAGUGUUGCGUUUAAAAAUGUGCAGCAACGAAGGUUUUGUUUUCAUUUCCCCACGAUGAGAGCACCAAUCGCGUAUGGACUCACAUGUGUGGAUUACAGUGGUCUGCUAACACGCGACAAAAAUACAUUCAUAAGAAACAUUUUUUACCUGAGAGCUUUUCGCAUC